GUGUCUUAUCACAAUGCAUCCACAUGCAAUGCUCAUACAUGGCACAUGUAAAUGUUAGUGCUUCAUUUAAUACGUAGGAGUGCAUGCACAUGCACAUGCACUUGCUUUGCAAUUAUUCCCUCUCCCUUAGCAAGAUAGACUUCUCAUGUAAUAUAUAGUGAUAUUCGUAUGACCAGUUAAAUAUAAGACGAGGCUUCUAUAUUGUGAAGCAAUCUUCUCUAAAUAGUUCAUUCCAGCUAGUUAUUUAUUUUAUCUCAAUCAUAUUUUUAUCAUGGUAUCAGAGACGAAAUCCUGAAAACAAAAAAAAACUCCAUAAUAUUUCUUCCCACAAAAUCUAUUUAGCUUACCUUCUUCUUCAUUUCCUCUCUAAGUUAUGGCGGGUGAUGAUGAUACCAAGGCCAUCAAUCUUGAAACUAAUGACAUAGUCAAUGAUUCUAUGUCACCUUAUUUUAUUCAAUCUAGGGAUAAGCCCGGAGACGUCCAUGAUACCACAAUUCUUCGAGAUGGAAACUAUGGAGACUGGCUCGAUGAAAUGAGCAAUGCGCUAUAUGCAAAAAAUAAAUUCGGCUUUGUAAAUGGUGACAUCUUGAUGCCCCCAUCUGGCUCGCCAAACCUGCCAUAUUGGCAACGAGCAAAUGCCAUGGUUAAAGGUUGGCUAAAUAGUAGCAUGGAAAUGGAUCUCACGCAAAGUGUGAAAUUCAAAACGGCUCGAGAAAUUUGGACCGAUCUAGAAGAAGGAUUUGCUAAGGAAAGUGCUCCUCGAGCCUAUGAGCUUCGAUGCUCUCUUAGCAACAUUCGGCAAGAUGGACAAUCUAUUUCUGCUUAUUUUAGCAGGCUACGUCGUGUGUGGGAUGAAAUGGCCUCUACAGACACGACACCUGAUUGCAAGUGUGGCAAAUGUUCUUGCAAUAUCUCUAAAGAGAUAAUUGAUUCUCGUGAUAGAGAUCGUCUUUAUGAUUUCUUGAUGGGUUUAGAUGAUGGCUAUGCACAACUGAAGACCCAAAUUUUGGCCACAAGGUCGGUCCCUACCCUCACUGCCGCAUAUCAUCUUAUUUCAGAAAGUGAACACCAUAGGUCUAUCUCAUCCGCGCGCAAACCCGGCGGUGAUGGAACGGCUUUCUACACACAAACUAAAAGGGAAUCAUCUCUAGGACGCCGGCCCGCUACAAAAGAAGGUCGGUCUUGCUCCUAUUGCGGAAGGACCAAUCAUACUUACGAUACUUGCUUUGCAAAGAAAGUGGGCUGCCAGGAACUUUCACCCAAGCUAGACUUGAUGACUCACGUAUCUCACGUGAAGGAGGAAAACGUGAGGUGGUUACAUUCAACCGCAAGCACUCUUCUCCUCAAGCAGCACAUGUGGACAGUAAGCAAAACAAUCAACUUGGAAUCUCUGAUGAACAGCUCCAAAAAUUUGUCAGACUUGUAAGAGAUGAGCUACAGGACGAAACAAGCACAUCCUCCUCCUCUAACGUCAAAAUAAACAUGGCAGGUACACUAUCAAAAGGCCGCACCUGGAUAAUAGACUCUGGAGCAAGUGAACACAUUAUUUGUAAUAAUGAUGGUCUCAUUGACAUGCGGACUCAUAUUCAUAUCCCCUCCGUCAAAAUUCCUAACGGUGAUUCAGUGUCAGUUCAAGCUAUUGACAGCUUGUACUUAUUUAAUGGGUUUCGCCUUCCACAAGUUUUAUACAUUCCGGAGUUUGGUGCAACUUACUUUCGGUUAGCCGCCUUUCAAGGGAUACAAAUUGUACACUCACAUUUUUUAAUGAUUUGUGCAUAUUGCAGGAUUUACCCUCGAGGAAGCUGAUUAGGGUGGGCUGACUCCGUGAUGGUUUAUACUACCUUGAAAUUCCAGGAGAUGAGUGGGUGGCAAUGUCAGUUUCUCUUCAUCAUAAUUUAUGGCAUCAACGUUUAGGACAUGCUUCAGAUGGAAAAUUAAAUUUCAUCAGUUCUCUCCAAGGUUUCAAGCGGAGCAAUAAUUUCUGUGACUCAUGCAUACGAGCAAAACAGACCCGUCUACCUUUUCCUGUCAGUACCAUUAAAACAACUCAUUCUUUUGAAUUAAUACAUUGUGAUAUUUGGGGUGGCUAUUCAUGUGAUUCAAUUUCCGGUGCACGAUAUUUUAUGACCAUAGUUGACGAUUUUACUCGGGGUGUUUGGGUGUACUUAAUGAAAAAUAAAUCAGAAGUUCCCCAACUUUUGAUUCAAUUUUUUAAUUUGGUAAAAACCCAAUUCGAGCAACAAGUUAAACGCAUACGGGCAGAUAAUGGUGCCGAGUUUCAAACCAGCUUUUUAUCUGAUUACUAUAAUCAGAACGGAAUUUUGUUGGAGACAUCAUGCACCGAGACACCACAACAAAAUGGUGUUGUUGAGCGCAAACACCGGCACAUAUUAGAAGUGGCGAGGGCACUUCGCUUUCAGGCUGGAUUACCCAUUAAUUUUUGGGGAGAAUGUAUUUUGACGGCAGUCUAUAUCAUUAAUAGACUACCAUCCCCCAUUAUUUCAAAUAAAACUCCCUAUGAAUUGUUAUUUGGGAAAAUACCAAUUUAUGACCACUUGCGGUUUUUCGAUUUUCUGGUAUACACCCAUAACAAUAAAAAGAAGGACAAGUUUGGUGAAAGGGGGAGUCCUUGCAUAUUUAUUGGGUAUCCCCAUGGACAAAAGGCAUAUCGGGGUUUUUAUCUUCAGAAACA